AAUGUAUAAGAGAAAAAAAUUUGAAUAUUCCUACAAUUCUAUAGCUAUUGGUCAAAAACUAGGUAUAAAACAUAAAGAAUGCGUUAAUAAGCACUAUGGAACUAUUGCAACCAUUGGUGUUUUUACAGCAAAGACGUCAAAACGGAUAAGAUUUCCUGAUUAUUUAAGCUUUGUCGGGGGUCAAUCGGUUCCCUACGAUUGGAUUGAGCAUGCAUUACGCGUAUCAGAAGACGAAAUGUGUUCAAUUAUACCACGAGAAAAAGGAAUUCAUUUGGCAGAUAUUGCUCAAUCAUCCGGUUUCCUGUAUAGAGAAUGGGCAAAAGUGAUUCCCCAAAGUAUCGAAGCGUUUUCAAAACUUGAAGGAUUCAACUCACCUAGAGGGAUAAUUUUUCCGCGAGAGCUUAAAGAAGAUUCAGUAAUUUACUUGAACGAACUCGUUCAGUUUGAUAAAAUGACUGCCUAUAUUGUUUGCUUUACAUCUGUGCGCCCAUCUUUAUUUUCUGGAAAAUAUGAUCAUAUAAUAAGAAAGUCUGCCAAAACUGUUUCAAAAGUUUCUUGUCUUGAGGAAGUUGAAAAAUGUAUGAUUCACAUUCUGACACUAUGGUUAUAUUAUAAAGACAGCAAGGCUACAGAAGAUAUCGAAUCAAGCCAGCUUGGGUUCUACCUUUCACUGUUGCUAAAUAAACAUGAUAUAAAUAAUGUUAUAAAUCAUUUUAAAAGUGACAAGCAAGAAGCUAAGACCGCAAAAGCUGGUGGUGGUGAAUCUCAGGAAGAGUUCCUCUACAAAAUAACAACACCCCUGCAAAAAGUUUUUAAAGAUGUUUUUACUACCGAAAAGACGUUAGGCGUAAUGAAUAAUCCAAGUACUGGAAUUUUUGAAUGCUCCUUUCACGUCGAUGAUGGAAAUAAUUUCGAAGUUAAAAAUGAAGAACACAUACAAGCAAUAUCUAAUGAUAUCAUAUAUUACAUAUCAAAUUAUAAUCAAACAGCAACAAUCUGCAAUUAUUUCAAAUAUUUAAAUGAAUACACUAUCCCUGACGGCGAUGGAAAUGAAGAAAAUUCUUAUGAAAAAUUAGGGAACCUCUUCAGGCUAUCUCUUAUAGAUAUAAAAAAUGCCAAAUCGUCUGUCAUUCUUACAUAUUUGGAUAGAAUAUCAACUACAGUCAGAUAUUUACACAUAUCAAAUGGUCCAAUAAAAACAAUUCCUCAUACAAUUGGAACAUGUACACUAUUAACAGAACUAGAUCUUUCGAAUCUUGCAAUAACCGACUUACCAAUGGAAAUGUCUAAUUUAUUGCAGCUUCGUGAUCUAACUAUUACUGGAAAUGUGUUUAGUAAUUUUCCAAAAGUUAUCAAAGAACUUCCUAGCCUAGUCGUUUUGAGAUUUAGCGCAAUGAAUUUUAAACCGUUUGACUUAAAGAUAACAGAAAAUGCGAUAGUUACGUUUGACGAAUUGUUAGAUUUAUAUCAUAAGGAGUAUUCUCAUUUAAUUUCCAUUGGACUAGACGAAGAAAACAUGGUCAAUCUUUUUCAACAGGCUGAUAUAAACAAAAAUAAAAUGCUAAGCGAUUCCAGUGAAAAGCAAGAAUUUCAUGCAGGUCUAUUUAAGAAAUUACCUAGACUAUCCUCUUGGAAUAUCUUGAAAAGUAUUCAUAAACAAGCAUAUAAUACUAUAUCCUUCCUAGAGUUAAGAUUUCAAGGUUUUCGUGUUCUGGAUGAUGGUAUUCAAUACUUGGUAAACUUAGAGUGGUUGGAUAUAUCUCAUAAUUUAAUGCUAGAGGAGAUAAGCAGUAAAAUCUCAGAUCUUCCUUUAUCUUUUUUAGCCAUUGACGCUUGUCCAUCUUUGAAAACACCUCCAAAAGAGAUAAUUGACAAGGGUCUAACAGCCAUCAUGAGCUAUAUGAGGGCAUUAAAUAGAGGCUCUGUAUCAUGUAGAAGAACAAAAUUAAUGCUAGUGGGUCUUGGAGGUGCUGGAAAAACAAGCUUAGUGUCUGGACUAACAGAGAGUAAUCAACAGGAAAGUGAGAAAUUAGUUAAAAGUGCACAAGUUACAGAUGGAAUUUCGAUUAAGAAAUGGGUUAUUCAGUCCAUAGAGUAUUCAAUAUGGGAUUUUGCCGGACAAACAGUUUAUUACAAUACUCAUCAGUUCUUCUUAUCAAAUAGAGCCGUUUAUUUUUUAGUCUGGAAUGUAAGAUUAGGACACGAGCAUGCUGGUCUGAAAUUCUGGCUAAGCUCUAUAGAAUGUCAUGCUCCUAAAGCUCCAAUUUUCAUUGUAGGAACUCAUAUUGAUCAGGUUGAAAAAUCGGAACUACCUGCUUUGGAAUACCAAGAGCGAUAUUCGCAAAUUAAAGGAUUUUACUACGUCUCUUCUUUAAGUCGCAAGGGUAUAAAUGAAUUAAUCAAUGGUUUGGUGGAGAUAACUUUGAACGAAAAAUAUAUGAAUGAGAAAAUACCAAUGAUCUGGCUAGAUUUCGAAAAACAAAUGUUCGAAGCCGGCAGCAAUUCUAAUCUAAUUUCAAUAGAAGACGCCUUGAAACUUGCUGAAAGUAGUGGUAUAUUUAAUAAGGCCGAGUUUUAUCAAGCUGUUGAACUUCUUCAUGAAUUAGGGUCUCUUUUAUAUUUUCAAAACGAAUUCUUAAGGAAGAAAAUUGUUAUAAAUCCACAAUGGAUUGUGGACGUAAUGGCUUGUGUUGUUUCAAUUCAAGUAAAUGCAAUAAAGGACGGAAAAUUAAUGCAUAAAGACUUGUCAAAAAUUUGGCCUUCAGAGUCAUAUGCUGCUCAUCUUCACGAAUGGUUGCUACGCCUUACUGAAGAAUUUGAUUUAACGUUUUGUUUAAAAACUGAAAAGGCUAGCCUGGUCCCCUGCCUUCUUCCUGAACUCGAACCAAAACAUCCUUGGGAAGAUGAACCUUUAAAGAGUGGAGAAAUUCAGACAAAAAUGCAAUAUAACUUUGAUUAUCUGCCCUCAGGAUUAUUUAAUAGAGCACAAGUUAGACUCUAUCAGUAUAGUGACGAGUCUCUUAUCUGGAAAAAUGGAUCUUUUUUAAGAAAAAAUAGUCAUAGAGGUCUUUUAAAGAAAAUAAGCUCAACAACGGUUCUUAUCGAAGUGAGAGGGUUAAAGCCGGAUAAUGUUCUGUUUCUUGUCCACGAAGUUUUCGAAACUUUAAUUGCUGAAUUUUUUCAUGGAGUUCGUUACGAUUUUACAUUACCCUGCCCUGAAUGCAUUCACCAAUGUAUUUCAAAUCCUACCAUGAUACCGUCAUCACGUAUCAGAAAAGCAUUACAGUUAAAAAUCCCUUUUCUACAAUGUAAUGAUAACUUCCAUACAGUGUCUAUAACUCAACUUCAAAAUAUGCUACCUCCUGAUGGUAACGAAGAAUUCGAUAUACAUUUGCAAAACGCCGUUAGAGAAUUGAAGAAAAUUCGAUCAGGACUAGUAACGGACAUUGUAAUGUUAUACUGUUUGUCCGAUGAUCCUCCGAAAGGAUCGGAGAAUAGUAUUGUCUCUGCGACAAGAAUUAAAAAUGAAUUGGAAAAAGCGGGGUUUUCCAUAAAAUUGUAUAAUGAUUCUUGCGAGAAAUAUAUUGAAGAAGCAAUAUCUUCAUUGAAAACUACUCAAGUGAAUUUAUCCAAACCAAAUCAAUUAAUACUAAUUAAGAAGAGUGAUAAAUGGAAACAAAAUACUGAUAUUGGGAUGCUGUGCUCAGAUGAUAUAUACAUCAAUAUGCAAAAUGUGAAUAAUUUUAGCACAAAGAUGAAUGAUUUGAAAAAGUCACUGAAUCUCGAGAAUAAAAUGGCUAAAGAAUGGCCACCGUGUUUCAUAAGUUAUUGCUGGAGCAACUCUUUAUCAGCCAUAAAGAAAGGGACAAAAAUGAACGAAUCAGCACUUGGUAAGACUGAUCCUAGACAAUUGAAAGAUAAACUCGAACAAGCCGGAAUAAAAUGCUGGAUGGAUGUUGAACAAGUAGGCCGAGGUGGUUUGUUUCAAGACAUUGCGGAAGGCUUAAGAAAAGCUAGGAUCGUUGUUGCUUGCGUAUCAGAUGAGUAUGUUUCCUCUAAAAAUUGUCAGAUGGAGUUUCGCUUUGCAGCUAUUUCGCUAAGAUUACCAAUUAUUCUUGCUGUUGUUGGAACCGGUAAGAAUUGGAUCAAAUCUGAAAUUGGUAUGAUAUCUCUGCCGUAUUCGAGAGUCGAUCUUCAGAAAAGAGAUGAGGAUAUUGUAGAAGUUAUUGAUCUUGUAAAAGAAUAUCUUAAAACAGAAAAAUUAGAUGAAAAUAAGAAAACAAAUUCAAAAACUCAAAAAGAAGCUAAUCAUGAAGAGUUUACGGAACUCUUAGAGUUGGCUGAAAGAAAGCUAUUGAGACAAUUAAUAAUUUUGCAGGAUCUAUCAAGAGGGUCAAAUUUUCCUCAUAUUCCAAUAUUAGAUUAUGCAACACUCGAAUCGAAACAAUAUCGUUUCAAUUUUCUCUGUGAACAUGAUGAAGGUUGGCAUCUACCUGCCGAUAGUAAAAGUAUUCAAUGGAAUAUUGAACCUGAGAGCAUGACAGCCGAAAAUUAUAUUAAACAAUGGUCUCCUUAUUUGGUCAGAAUUUACGCUCUUCUCCAGCACACUUCCAUUCCCUUACUAGUUUUUAAAAGCAAAGAAGGUGCUAGUUUUAUCGAACAGUUACAGUCAAACUUAGUUAAGAAAAAUGAAGAGAAAAAUUUAACGAUAAGAGACAGUUAUGUGUCUAUGAUUGAAUUAAUAGCUAAGAUAUGGGAUCGCCAAUAUAAUAGCACCUCAUCCAACGAUCUAUCAAAAUGCCACGUAAGCAGUGGAAAAACUAUCUGGUUAUGCAAUUAUCACCAGAAAGAACCUCGAGUUACAAUUCUUCAACCAGAUGAUGUCAAUAUCAGUAUCCUUCCCGCAGUGGACAACGUAGAACUACUCGAAAAAGUUAAAAGAGACAACGGAGAUGAAAUUUUUAGGAAUGCACACUCUGAACGGGCAGAAGAUGGUUUAUCCACUUUAAGUUUCUAUAGUGAUUUAUCGGUUGUUGAUAGUGAAUUUUCAGACGUUACUAUCAAAACAAAUAAAUCUCACAAGGAAGGAGAAACUUCACAAAAUAAUUCAAACAAAGCGUCACAGAAGAACAAGGAGGAAACUGUUACUGAUCUCAUUUCUAAAGGAGGGAGAACGAAGAGUAGAGCUUGUGUAAUUGUUUAA